CCACUCGAUUUCAUUAAAGUCUUCUUAAAUACUGGUAAAAAUGAUUAUGGUGCUUCACCUCACUCACACUGGCACUAUAUUACCUAUGGUUUCUCAGAUCUUCAUGGUGAUGGAAGGGUACAUGAGUAAGUUUGCUUUAUAACAUAUUUUUUCUAACAAUUUUUUUAAUUUACCAUUUUAAUUUUCAGUUGCUUUUUUUAAUACUGUGACUUAAAAAUAAAAUAUUGUGUUCUUAUUCUAGCUUUGAAUAUAGUUAAUUAAAAUAGGUUAAUAGCUUAAUAAGAUACAUAUUUUUUUAAAAUGUAAGCUCUUAGUAUUCUCUUAGUUUCAGUGGCAGGGGACAGCCAAGUGGUUAUGGCUUUGAGCUGACUUUCCGUCUCAAAAAAGAGGAAGAUGAAAAAAAUCCCCCUUAUUGGCCUGUCAUGUUGCUUAAUGAUCUCAGUCUAUAUGUUUUCAAUACAGGUAAUAAAAAAAAAUAGCUUAAAGCUUAAAUGCAAAAUUGAUUUUCGAACUGGAUGAAGAGGCUAUCCAUAAAUAACGUGACACUAUUUUGACGGGAUACUUCCCCCAUUGUAAUAAAAUUUUUACACCCUCAUAAAACGUUAUCACCAAUUUGUAAAUUUGUUAAUUAAAUGACAACUAUUUGAAUGGUAAGAGACAGCCAGGAUAUGAUCUACUGUUUGAAAUUUAUUAAUGUGAAAAUUAUUUUAUUCCACCUGUCAAAGCCUACUCACAAUAAAGUAGGCUUAAGUCCAUUUAUCAGUAUUUAGGUAUUUUUACUUAUGUUUUCCUAGUGUGUUUGUAGUAAAUUAAUUAGAAAAGUAAAACAAUAUAUAAUAUACUUUUUUUUUAAAACAUGCUUUUCCAAAUAAGUGUAAAAUAAAUGUCUCCUAAAUUUCCAGGGUUGUUAUAGUCAUAUGACUAAAAAAGGUGGCAUGCCAAUGAAAUACAUCCAUCCAUCCCUGUGGCGCUACAGCCCAUGUAGGGCUUUGGCCUGCCUCACUACUUCCUUCCACUCAGACCUAACUAAUGCCUUUCUUUUCCAUACUUGGACUUUCAGCUGCUGUAGAUCUUUUUCUACAUCAUCUAUCCACCUAAGCCUAGGUCUGCCUUUGAGCCUUUUUCCUCUGGGGUAUUGGUGAUGUACCCUCUUCGUUCCUGUCAUUUGGCAUUCUCUCUAGGUGUCCUGCCCAGCGGAGCCUGCCUCUUUUUAUUUCUGCCACUAUCGUAGGAUCCUGAUAUAGAUUGUAUAAUUCCUGGUUGGUUCGUAUUCUCCAUCCAUAUUCAUCCUUUGUUGGCCCAUAUAUUUUCCUGAGAACUUUCCUCUCCCAUGUGCUUAAUAGGUUUUCUGCUGUUUUUGUUAGGGUCCAAAAAAUACAAUAAUGUUAAAUAACUUGAACAUACAAGGUUGAACACAUGUGUACGUUUAUAUUGCUGCAAGUAAAUGUUAUGUGACACAGCUGCUAUUAUAAAGAUUAUUUAAUUAUGGAAAUAUGAGUUCUACAAAUGCCUUGCGUUACUGAAAGUGUGUAGGGGUAAUUUAAUAUUUGUUAAUAUCAAUGUCUGUCAACUUCUCUUAUUGACUUAUUUUUUUCUGAGGGUUUUUUAAAGAUUUUUUUUUCAUUCCCCCCCUUUUUCCCCCUCAUUGGAUAUCUCUCUGUCUGUCACUUCAAAUAGUGGUACAUUUUUUUCGUCUUGAAAUCAUUUGCUUAUUUUCCGGUUCAUUAUUUUUCAUAUUUCUUGAUCUGUAACAACGUUUGUUAUUCAACUUUCACUUGUCUCAGUUGUAAAUAAAUGUUAAAAUUAUUUUGUUGAUAUUGUGCAACGAUUAAAUCAUUAUUAAUCUAAUGAAAAGCUAAACUGUGCAAAUGUAUUAGAAAAUUAUUUUGAAAUUUAUCUUUGGAUUUUCAUAAAAAAUUUAAUUCACAGACACAGCUCUAAGUGCAUUCGAUCAUAUUCCUUGGUAUGAGUCUCUUGACGAGGUGACAAAAUACAAGCCAACAAACCCUGAUAUUAUUCCUUGCCCAUCUAAUUCAGCCAUCAAUCAUAUGAUAAUUGUGCAAGAACCUCAAAUUCCAGAUUUAGAUACCCCUAAUGGAACUGUACACUUUUUGCAGGUUCUAAUUUAUAUUCUUGAUCUUUAUUAACAUUUGCCUGCCCAAAAUUUUGAUGAAUCUUGUGUAUAUAAUUAAAAAAUAGUUUUUUGGAAUAACUGAUGUCUGUGAUAAUUAUUACAAAAUUUCUGUUUGACUCUAAUGCAAACAAGGAAAUGAUGAGUGAUAAUAUUAAAAGAAAAUUAAAUAAAAUUUAAAAAUUUGAUACAAGUUAUAAAUCAUUUAAUCCUAUACUAUUUUAUCAACAAAUUGAUUUUAAAUCAUUUUAGGUAGUUGGUGUGUUAAGUGAAGAGUUUCGGUAUGCAAGAUCAUGGAAAGCAUGUGGGAUUAUUGGUGAACUUUUGAAACAUCCCCAGUAAGUGAUUCAAGACGUGUUAAUAAUUUUUUUUAAAGUAUCGAAACUGGUACAUAGUUAAUUUAUUGUAAAGAUUAACUUACUUAAUUAAAACACACACAAAAGGGAAUCAUCCCUUCCCCAUGCCAUUGUUAGAUGGAGAUAACAAAGUUUUAGUUUCUUGCCUGGUUGUUAAAAGUAGAUUGAAUUUAUUGAAAACUGGCCAUCAGAGAUCAUGAUGGUUGUCAAAUAUACUCAUUCACUAUUAAUCAGCUUUGCUCUGGACUAGGAGUGGCCAAACCAAAUAACUUCACUGGCCAUUUUAAUGGUGAGUGAACUCUUUGGUGGCCACACGUGUUUUCCCGUAAUAAAUUAAAUGAACACCAAGUAAUUGAUGUGCAGAAUUGUUUAUUUAUUAUUAAAACACCUUUCUCAGAUAUUACACAUCUUCUUAUGCUGUACACACACAUAAAUUGUAUAGAUUUAAUUUGGAUAUAAAUCCGCCUUAAAUAUAUGUUAUAAUUCUUUUAUCUAAGUGUGUUUAUAACAAGUGCCAGAAUAUUAUAACAUGUAACCUGCUGGCAUACCAACUCUGCUCUUGUCCAAGAACAUCAUUUGGGUAGGGCAGUAGCAUUUGCACACCCCGCCCCCAACCCCUUCUGAAUAUUCCGGUUUUAUUUAAAUGUAGUGUAGUGCCGCAACAACUUGGACAAGUUUUGGUCCCCCCUGAAAAAACUUGAAAUGACAUUUCUGCUCUUGACCAACCAGCAUAUCUGGGAAAAGCUGUUUCCAAAAAACAGCUAAUUUGAAGGUGGCUAGCAUCCAAAAAACAGUAAAUUUGAAGGCGGCUAGCAAAAGUAUAAGUUUGAUUUCUCUUUUCUCCUAUUUGAAAUGGUACGGAGGAUUCCAUGGGGUCAUAUUAAAGCUGAUUCAAUACAAACUCAGCAUUGAAAUUUAUUUGCCAUGACAGAAAUCCAUUAUCCACUGAUAACAUUUUCACCUGUAGAGUUGGUCCACUGAUGUUGACAGAUAUGAGACGAAAGGUGUCUGUUUUUGACCUCAAUCCAAGACUGGUUGUUGACAUCCUUAAAAGAAUUGAAUCAGAAGGAUCAGUGUUGGGACGAGUAAUUACACACAUCUCAUGGAGAGAAAUAAAAGAAGAGUAGGAGUUUUAUGUUGCAUUUUAAUUUGGUCAGUUUGCUCAACUGUACUCAGUCAGACACUAUGAACUUAUGCUUUAAAUCAAGCUGACUGAAGGAGAAAUGCUAAAAUAAAACAAAGGCAUUGAAAUAAGGACGGAAAUAUUUCAUUAUUUAUUUUUUACAGCUUGAACGAUUCAUCAAGGAUGUUUCUGAUCGGCAUUAUUUAACUGCAGUACUGCUCAAUGUUAAUUUUACUCUGUCGGUGUCCUUUUUUAAGCUAGAAUUGCUUUCUACUACAAGCUUAAAUCAGCUUUUUAAUUACUUUGCUCUCAACACAUAUUUUUUGAUGGUCAAUUUGUAGCACAAAUGUCACUCACUGAUGAAUUCACCAAAAUCAGCGCACGAUUGAAACCAUGUAUUUUUUUUUUUUUUUUUUGUGGACAUCGGAAAUAAAAAAAAAAUUUAACAUAAAAUAUUUUCAAAAGCUUUCUCUUGAGAUAGACAAUAUUUUUUUAAGGUUUAAGACAAUAAAGGGGGAAAAAAAGUAAUCUCAUAAAUGUAAAAUGUAUUUUUAUUUAGGGAUGAUACUGGUUUAGCCAAGGAUGUUGAGAACCUCAAGAUAGAUGAUACUCAUGAAUACUAUAAUAUGAAGUCUGUUCAUUUAGAAUUUGAUGCUAGCUCUGGUGAAUUGUUGCCAUUAAUGGUCAAGUAA